GGGGUUGCUCGCUGCUCACUACUAAUUUGAAAAGAUGUCUUUGCAGAGGGGUGUAUGUCAUAUUCUGGCGAAGCAGCUGGGCCGGCUCCCGAAGCAGAGGCGAUCAGUGCAUUCUGUGGGGAUCAUUGGAGCGCCGUUCUCCUACGGCCAGAAACGGCGAGGAGUGGAAGGAGGACCGCAGGCGAUCCGGGACGCCGGCUUGGCGGAGAGGCUUUCGGGUCUGGGUUGCAAAAUACAUGAUUAUGGAAAUCUGAGUUUCACCACUGUACCAAAUGACACACCAUAUAACAACAUUGUCCACCACCCCAGAACAGUGGGUUUAGCCAACCAGGCAUUAACUGAAGCAGUCAGCCGGGCAGUUGGUGAUGGUCACCUAAGCGUUAUGCUUGGAGGGGAUCACAGUUUAGGAAUUGGUUCAAUCCUUGGGCAUGCACAACAGCGUCCUGAUUUGUGUGUCAUAUGGGUUGAUGCGCACUGUGAUCUCAACACACCUCUAACAUCCAUGUCUGGUAAUCUGCAUGGGCAACCAGUAUCAUUCCUUAUCAGAGAGCUUCAGGACAAGAUACCACCACUUCCUGGAUUUUCCUGGGUGACUCCUUGUAUUUCUGCAAAGGACUUGGUUUAUGUUGGUGUUCGGGAUGUUGAUCCUGCUGAGUAUUACAUCCUGAAAAACUUUGGCAUCCGAUACUUCUCAAUGAAAGAGGUGGAUCAACUGGGAAUACAUAAAGUAAUGGAAAGAACAUUUGAUCACCUUAUUGGAAAACAGAAAAGACCAGUGCACCUGAGCUAUGAUGUAGAUGCUAUUGACCCAUCUUUAGCUCCUGCUACUGGCACUCCGGUGAUAGGAGGACUGACGUACAGGGAAGGGAUGUAUAUUGCAGAGGCUGUGCAGAACACAGGAUUGCUGUCUGCGAUGGAUCUGGUAGAAGUCAACCCUAAACUUGCAACUUCAGAUGCAGAACUUAAUGCUACAGUAAAUAUUGCAAUAGAUGUCAUCUCCUUUUCUUUGGGACAGGCCCGAGAAGGAUCCCAUGGCAAAUGUGAUGAAUUACCAACACCCAGUGCAACAUACACAACAAAUGAACAGACUAUACAGCUUUAGGAACUGGGAUGGGUAGGGAGGAGAGGAACAAAAUGUUUAGCUUGUACAAAAUCAUAUUCCAGAAUUGAAUUUUAGAGAAAUAGUACUCUGUUCCAUAUACACUUCUAUCCUUGGGAUAUAUUCAUAGGACACAGUGUGUUCUAAGCCAUCCAACUAUAUGAAUAAGAAAAGUAAGGUAAUGUGAACAACAUGCUAGUGAGCUUUUUCAAUACAUUCUAGUGAAAAGAGUAUCACACUCUAUUCAGCUAGUUGGAGCUAUAUUUGAAUUAGUCAAGCUAUCUGAUCAGGACAAUUGACUAUACUUUCAUGUGUUCUGUACUUUGCAUAAGAAAACUCUAGCAGGGAUAAAUCUGUGUACUCUUAAAUCUGUUAAGUUUUUCCUCAGGAGAGAAAGAUGUUCAAGAUUAAUAGAACAUUUGUUAAAUAUCAAAUGACUUUAUUAAAAGUUUGUGCACAUUACUACAAUGUAGUUCUUGGCAACAAAGUUUAAAGAGACUGAUCAAAUGCAACUUAAUUUGUUAAGUUUCUUCAUCGUGCUCAAAGAUACGUUGUCAUCUGAAGACACAUCAAACCACAAGGGAUGUCAUCAAUGAGGGUGAGCAUGUGAUGAAUGGAAAUGAUUCAGUAAUAAAAAAAACUUCAAUACA